AUGUUCAGCUCCUGGCGCAGCGCAGCAUCCAGCAGCUCGAGCGGCGGCGGCAGCAGCAUCGCUGAGCCGGGGCUGGGAGGCAGAAUGGAAGGCUUUAUUCGGCUGCUCUUCGGCUACUUGGUGGCGGACCUUCUCACGCUGGUUUGUCGGGCUCAGGAGAAAGCUGGUCAGCAGCUGGGGAGCUUUGUGGUACUCUCGGGAGGAAACCAAUCCAGCCUCGGGGAACAGAUAGACCCCUCCGAGCCACCUCCUACCCCAGACUUCUGCAGGGGCUACUUUGACGUGAUGGGGCAGUGGGACCCCCCCUUUAACUGCAGCUCGGGGGAGUUCAUCUUCUGCUGUGGCACUUGUGGCUUCAGGUUUUGCUGCAAGUUCAAGAAGACAAGGCUGGAUCAAAGCACCUGCACAAACUAUGAGACGCCGUUGUGGAUGAACACUGGGAAGCCUCCUUCCCGCAUAGACGACCCUCUGCAUGACCCUACCAGGGAUAAAACCAACCUUAUUGUCUACAUCAUCUGUGGUGUUGUAGCAGUCAUGGUGCUGGUGGGGAUCUUCACCAAACUAGGGCUGGAGAAGGCACACAGACCCCAGCGGGAGCACAUGUCCAGGGCUCUUGCUGAUGUUAUGCGACCUCAAGGUCCUUGUACGACAGAUCACAUGGAAAGAGAUCUAAACAUUGUAGUACAUGUGCAGCAUUAUGAAAACAUGGAGACGAGACCUCCUCCAAAUAACUUACAUCCACCCCAGAUGAAUAAUGUCAUACCAACAUCUCCCCUCCUUCCUCAGAUGGCACAUCAACAUUCAUAUCCCAGCCUGGGACAGAUCACAAACCCAUAUGAGCAGCAGCCCCCAGGCAAAGAACUGAACAAGUAUGCGUCUCUAAAGGCAGUCGCCGACAAAGUCAACGAUGACUUCUACAGCAAGCGCCGGCACCUGGCCGAGCUGGCGGCCAAGGGCAGCCUGCCCCUGCACCCGGUGCGCCUGGACGACGAGAGAGCCUACACCAUCGACAGUGGGCUCACCCGGCAGAACGGCAAAUCCCGCAUGGGCAAGAUCCACACGCACCCCCUGGGCUACAACUCCCACUACAAGACCUGGGAUCCCAACGACCCGUCCCUGAGGCGGCAAGCGUACACGAACAAGGGCAAGCACGGCAUGGGAGACCCGACGCUAAGUGACCCGCUGACCACCCGGAGCCAGCACUACUUGGGCCCACAGCCAUACUUCAUAACCAACAGCAAGACGGAAGUAACUGUUUGAGUUUKUUUUCUUCUUUCUCCUUUUUUUUUUUUUUUUUCUAAUGAAAUCCUUUAAAAAACCACAUCAAAUAUACACACGACACAAACACUCAACCGAAAGGCAAAAAAAAAAAAAAUUAAAUUUAAAAUAUUAAAUUUAAAAAAAAAAACAAACAAGGAAACAGAAGGAAGGAACUUCCACCUGGACCCUCUUGGUAUCCAGCCAGCUGUAGGCCGAAGAGUGGGUUAAUACCAUUCAGCAAUACACACUGAAGGUUGAAUUAUAAACUCCAUUUGUAUUUCACAAUGGAACACAAACCCUUGUGACUAAAUUUUUUUACUUGAAACUAAAAUCCAUGAUGAGAAGUAGCACAAUCUAGAGAAACUUUAUGUCUGCUURAACAUUUACACUAUGUUCCUGCCUUGAGACAGAGGAAGAGAGAGAGAACAUUAUGCUGUAAUAUAUUAUUUCAGAGAGGAAUUUUGUAUAAAAUCUAUUAAUAAUCACUAGACCUGUGAAAAACCGAAAGCAAACAUCUUGGUACAAUCCCUAACAUCUAUUAUUGUACUUUCACACCAUCCUAUAGAGAACGCAAAAAAUAUAUAUAAUAUAAGGGACAAAGACACUUUCACAAGGAAGUUAUGAAGACUGUUACGAUUGAGAGUAUAUGGGACCUUUCUGGCUGGUAGAGAAUUCGGCAGGAUGAUAACAACAGCAGAAGAUUUCAUUUUGGUUUACUUCGUUUGAUUUGAAAUUUUUGGGAACCUCCAAAAUAAGAAGAGACAUAUCAUAUGACACAGAAAGCUGCUGGGGGAAAAAGGGCAUCAGAAUAUUCCCUCUCAGUCCUCCUGUUUUCGGGCAGAUGGUAACAAUUCUCACUUUGCAGACUGUCAGGAUUUUUUCUUCACCUAAAUGUUUUGCCUAUCUUCAACUGCUUCAGACUGAAAUUAAGCGUGGGUGGUGCCUUUACUGUAUUACUAUUGUUCAAUGACGGUCUUGUUCUUCAAAGUGACCCCUCUGUUCCUUUAAGCUAUUUCCUCAUGUUUUGCUAAGGAUGACRAGGGUUCUGCCCUGCUCAGCCUCCUGUUUGUUCCAAAAGGAAACUGGACUACAUCUCCAUGCAGUGGUUGCACAGUCAAGACUAUUUAGUUUUAAACCCCCUUCAUUUUCCCAAUUUCAACUUUUCCCCUCUAGUGUYUCAUUUUGUAUUUGCUUUUAGCCAUGGUAGCUCUCUGUAGUUCAGCUCAAUGUUAUCUGGUAUAUCGUCUCUAUCGUUUGGCUUUCUCUAGUGGCGUUCCCUCUUGGUGGGCUGUGUGGUGGAAGAGGCUGCUCCAGCCUCAARCGUCAGAGAUCUGGGGUUAAACUAAACAAACAAUUGGACUCAUGGUCCUGACUGUGGUUCUGAUGAGCAGGAUGCCUUGUUUGUAUGAGUAAAACCACUCUUGAACUGACCCCUGCUAGCAAACUCCCAGUCCUGGGCCUGCCAAGGCUUCGGCACAUCCACAGAGAUUGACAGAGUUGGGAU